AUGACAGAACAAAGUUCAUCAGUCCACUCUAUCGAUGUUUUCGCCGGAUCGUCUAUAGAUUCUUGGAUAUUGCAACUUCAAAGACUGCCCGAACAUCCUCUAAAACUACCUGAAUAUAUUUUACGAAAGAUCUUCCAAUUUGCUUGCGCUCCUCCUACUUCUCCUCUUCCCGAAGUUGUACAUCCCGAAGAGGAUGAUCUUGCCGGUGCGUCGACAGCGGAUACAUGGAUGGAGUGGCUUUCAAAGUCUGGAAACUCUAUUGUUCAUCUUUAUCUUCGACGGUCCUCUUCCAACAUCGAGCCUGACACUCGCGAGAGUGAAGCGCAAGACCCAGAGCCAAAUCUUCCUCGUGAACUCUGGCUCCGGAUUUUCGGUUACGCAUGCGACAAUCCUUUCCCCUCCGUCAACUCCUCCGUUGGGGAAGUCGCCUCACAGUGCAUAAUUACCCCUAGGGGUCAUACAGCAUACAUACUCACAUUUGUAUGUCGACUGUGGCGCGAAUUAGCGGAAAAUGAGCCGAGGUUAUGGACGCAUAUAACCCUCUCUGUCGACAAUUCGACGUCUGGAACUCCCUCACGAGUAUUAAAAAUCAUGGCAGAAUUAACUAGGCUUUAUCUCAGGCGAUCGAGACCAGAUUCCGAGAUGCGUGUUGCCCCUACACUAUCUAUCGUGAUGCAAACCCCGCAUAUUGGGCCCUGCGAAUUAAAUUGGAAUUGCUUUAUUCCUGCUUCUUGUGUGCAAACAUUCGCCCGCGACGACGAUGUUUAUCACAAACGCAUCUCUCAGUUGUUUGUACGAUCGGAAGGCUCCCUUCUAUGGAGUCUACAGAUGAAUUAUCAUGGCAUACUUCCACAGUUCAACGUGGAGACAGAGCAAGGUCAGGAUCCUCCAACAGAGGAUGAGUGGUUCUGCGAGCUCAGAUCUUUGGUCAUUGAUUGCGGAUACAACCAUCCCCGACGUCUGUUUCCAUUUCGCCGUCUUCCCAAUUUGGAGAGCUUGACCAUUAAAGUUGUUGAUCUCGCCUUUCCGCCAGGGGUGAACAUAAACUUUCCAUCGUUGCAGAGAAUGUCGGUUGCUUCAAACGCUCCCAGCGUCUUAAAUGAUGUGUAUCGAAUUGCUCAACGGUCGAAUUGCCACGCAGUUGAAUUGCUUCUCGGAGAUUGCUCGUCUGAACACAGUGUGGUGCUCCGUAACACGGAGGACUCCCGGUCUGCCUUUCAUAUCCUUAUACCAAAACUCCGUUCUGUGGAGUUUUCCCUGAAUCGUGUCUUCAAUUCUAACCCCCUCGUACUGACCGGAAUCAACACCCUCGAAGUGAUUUACAGUCCGGAUGCUCCCAAAUCAAUUAAUCCCGAUUUUCCUCUGGGGUCGUUCGUGAAUUGGAUGACGCAUUCGUGUCCAACUUUGCAGACGGUUUGCUUGCGAGGCGUCAGAUGCAAUGUGGGGUAUCUCCGUUACGGAGAUGCAGUCAUAUUGCAGGACGUUCAUCUGUUCCAUGUAUACCGAGCUGAUCUGUCCUCGCAAGGGCUAUUGGCCAUUCCCUUAGAGUUGAGAGAAGCCUUGAGUGUUGCACCAGACUCGCCUCAUGGUCACGAAAGAGCAGAGGUGCAACUUGAUUUCUACUAG